ACCCCCAGAUUAUUAUAAUCUCAAUCAGUCUCUUCUUUUUCAUCUUCCUCGAGUCAAAGACAUGAAAACCCUAAUUGUUUCUGUUCUUCCAUUACUUCUACUCUUCACCUUCUAUUUCAGAUCCUCAUAUUCCGAAGGAAUGAAACUGCCCCGCAAUUGCAUCCGCCAGUGCGGUGGCAUCGACAUCACUUAUCCAUUUGGAAUUGAAGAAGGUUGUUAUCUAGUAGGUUUCAAGGUCACCUGCAAUGAUAAAGACGGUCCACCAGUCCUCGACCGGGUCCAGCUGCCAAUUAAAAAAAUUGAGCUUCCAGAAAAAGUAAUCCUACUUAUUAAAGGACGGAUGGCGGUAGACAAGCAGAUCGCGGCCAGAAAUGGUGGUCAGCUGAUACCUGGUGAUUCUUCUACUAACACGUCCAAUGCAAAUUGCAUUCAGCUGGAAUUGCCAUUCACGGUGUCGGGUCGGUGGAGUAAGUUCGUGGCCUUGGGCUGCGACACCAAGGCCUACGUCAACACCACUAACUUCGUGAGCGGUUGCGAGUGUCAGUGGACGCUUGGUAAGGCUGGGGAUACCGUGCAUGGCGGGCUCGGCCACUGCCGUAGCAUGAUACCCGAUGGACAUACCCGGUUCUGCUACAACGUUACGAAUUUCUUCAACUACAUUAAUUCCAGUUGCGCGACAAGGUAUAGCUUUGCGGGGUUGGUGGAAGAUGAGUACCAUUUCAACGAGUCGUUACUGAUGAAUUUCGCUAGCCAUGUGAAUUCUACAGAUCAGUUGGGCCUUCCGUUGGCUGCUAUCUGGGCCAUGGAAGACCUAAAUGGAAGCAAGUGCGGUUCCAAUACCGUCUGGAAUAUCUCAAGGAGGGGUUCCGGCUAUGUCUGCUACUGUAAAGAUGGUGGUGACGGGAAUCCGUAUCUCGACGGGAAGGGAGGAUGUCGACAUGAAGGUACAGACCCGAGAUUAAUUGUGGCUCUAGCUGGUGUAGGACUAGCGGUUAGCCUUCUAGGAGCAUCAUGGUCAUAUGACUCUUUCCUUCAAAAGAAGCUCAUUCAAAAGGCGCAAGCAGCCUUCAAAGAUAAUGGAGGUCCCUUCUUGCAAGAUUUGAUCGCUAAUAAAGCUGAUGAAAUUGGUGCUACUAGUGAUAGUGCUCAGACUCUCACCAUCUUCACUCAAGAAAACCUUGAGAAGGCAAUCAAACUCCUCAAGAAGGGCUCUGACCUCGCUAUGAGGAUACGUCCGGGUAUAAGGUUUACAGGAAAGCUUCCUGAUGAUAGGAAGAUUGAUAUGAGGCCAUUCAAGAUAGAGGAAAAGGAGGAGCUCCAACCGUUCUUGAAAGAGAUAAUGACUCUUUGCCGUGUUAACCAUCUGAACGUAGUGAAGCUCUUGGGUUGUUGCUUGGAGACCACCCAUCAUCCGUGGUUAGUCUAUGAAUACGUUUCCAACCUCACUCUCUACAACCAUCUCCAUGCGAAUGCAGACCCCGAAGCUCACUUGAGGUGGAAAGACCUAUUGAAGAUUGCUAAGGGAACGGCAAGGGCGCUUGCCAAUUUGCAUGCACUCAGUGUCUGGCAUAGGGAUGUGAGGUCAUCAAACAUACUCUUAGAUGAAAACGGUAACCCCAAAGUAGUCGAAUUUGGAGUGGCGAGGGUGUUGUCGAGCGUGUCUUAUGUAAAACAGAGUAUUGGGUAUCUGGAUCCUGAGUAUAUUCAUACAAAGCAGCUGACGGAUAAGAGUGAUGUGUAUAGCUUUGGCGUCCUCCUAGUCGAGCUCUUAACGGGGGAGGACCCCAACUCUGAUCAGAGCAAGCAAAAGGGUGGUAGCCUUACUAUGAAUUUCAUUUCCGAGUUGAAUCAGAACCGUCUAGAGUUGGUUGUCAAGGAUUGUCUCCUGGUAGAAGCAGGGAUGGAUCAGUUGCAAGCACUUGCGAAGCUUGCAGAGGAUUGCCUCAAGUUCAGUGGGAAGGAAAGGCCAGCGAUGAACGAGGUGAUGGGAAAGUUGUGUUUGAUUGGAGAUGGAGAUGAGCAAGGGGCAGACAGGGUGCCUGAAGAAGGUGGUGAGGGGAAACAAAACAAUGGUGAUGAUGGCAAUGGGACGGAUGUGCAAGAGAUGAUCACAAACGUCAUCAAUUAUGUCGCGCCAUCCUUGAGUGAGGGUGUUUAA